ACGCAUCUCUUUAUAUUUCACCAUCCACCGCUGCUGCGACAGUUCUCCAUUAUUCACCGUAUGUUCCAGCAAAUCUUCAUUUAAGUGAAGUGUCGGUGGGCAUUUGAAAUCCUGGAUGGAGAAGCGAGACGCUGGACGCAGCCGGUUUGCUCUGUGGUGCGUAAUUUAUCCGUGUGGAGAAUCCUGAGCUGCAGCACUAACUCUGCUGCAGUCCUCCACACAGCCCUUCUCUCACAGAGGGGCAGGCUGCUGGUUGUGAGCUUCCCAUCCCUUUUGUUGUUUUACUACAUCCUGUGCACCAGCCAGCCAGUGAGUGAGGGACACUUCAACUUCUCUUGGAAAAAAAUAAACAAUAAUGGAAGACAAACGCAAGAAGCGCAGCCCAAAGGUCUCCCUCCCGCAGCCUCCUCCUCCCCCCAUCAACCCCCGCAAACUGUCCGUCAUGCCUGCCAGCAAAAGCGCCACCUUCUCCCUCGGCCUGCCGCAGCCUCCCUCCCCCAAGAACAGAGGCAAGUACAAGAGGUCCAUAGGUGCGCCGGGCCAGCCCAAAGAGGUGUUCGCAGCCGUCGUGGCUCCACCAAAGACCACCAGGCCCCACAAAGAGAAGCCCAGGGCCCCACAGCCAGCAGGGCCCAGUAAAGUAGUCCAGUCUUCCCCCUUGCAGCAUUCAUUUCUCACAGACGUCUCAGACGUGAGAGAGAUGGAGGGAGGCCUCCUCAAUCUCCUCAACGACUUCCACUCAGGCAAACUGCAGGCGUUCGGUAAGGUGUGCUCUUUUGAGCAGCUGGAGCAUGUGCGCGAGAUGCAGGAGAAGCUGGCGCGAUUGCACUUCAGCCUCGACAGCCACGUUGAGGAGCUUUCAGAGGACCAGAGGAAGUGUGCCUCCGACCACAACCUGGAACACCUGCUCAGUAACCUGGAGGAGCUCAGCACCUCCAUACAAAAGCUCCACUUGGCUGAGAACCAGGACCUGCCCAAGACAUCUGGCCCCUGACAAGAGCGAAGGUGUGGAGGGCGGCGACAGCACACUCAUCUUCUCCCAAUGUCUAACCGUGGCCAGGUUGCCAUGGCAUUGAUCCAGCUGCCUUAGAAACAGAAUGGAAAGACCCACAGGAGGAGGAGGAGCCAUUUUCCCUCAUUUGGUCAGUAAAACCAAGGGAAUAAUACAGUAGCUUAAAGCAGCACAGCAUUAAAUGUACCAAAAUUAUCCUCCCCUCGUUAAUGAAUCAGAGGGUGGACUUCACAGUUGAAGAUGAACGAAACCGGUUGUUACAGUUUUGAACAUUUAUCAACUAACUUCAGUUAGUAGUUACAUCAUUUGGUAACAACUGAAUCCCAGCGCGUGAAGUUGUUGCUUGUAUUUUCCUUACAAAAAGCACAUUUUAUGAGAGCUUAAGACAAUAUUUUAUUUAUUUCAUAAUAAAUGCAGUUUUGCUUAAUUUUAGAACCUGUUCAGACCUGGUAUUAACAUCCAUCCACAAAGAUCUGAUCACAACUGGUAUUAAAGUGUGUCCUGUGACCACUUGGUAAUGGUAUCUUAUAUAUAUAUAUAUAUAUAUAUAUAUAUAUAUAUAUAUAUAUAUGAUAUCUUGAGCAUCUUGCUCAAGGACACUUUAGCGUGCAGAUGGGGAAGAAAGGGAUUGAACCACUGUCCUUCUGGUUGGAGGAUGACUGCUCUACUGCUCAAGCAAAGCCGCCCUGCUCCUGAUCGGAUCUCGCUGCCCCUAUAUGCAAUAAAUCACGUACGUCAUUUGUGUUCACGAAGCCCACAUGAUGUUUAAAUCCAGUCUGAGUUUAUAGAUGUGCACAAUGUGUGUGUGCCUCUGUGUGUAAGUGCGCAACAUAGAAAUCAUUAUGGGGGAAUCAGUGUUGAUAUUGUGGCUACAAACAAAUCCGUGUAUGGUCAGUGAAAAGAGUACAAAUUUCUUUGAUUUAUUGUGAAACUGUAGCGCGUCAGAUACGUGGCUUUUCAUAUGUGAGGAUUUGUGUUCAUGCAACAAAACAAAUGUGGCUCAGACAACCUCAGAAUGGGUUUUGAGGACACAUUUGUGUGGUCACACCACUUAUGAUCAGAUCACUCAGGACGGAUGUUAACACCAGGUCUGAACGUCCUUGAUUGAACACGUCUGCCAGUAAAGGUGUGAAUAUACUUUCGUAUCGAAUAGCAAAUGUAUUUGGCCGUUUUUUGACAAAACCACUGUGGUUAACUCUGAAGUUUAGAGGAAGUUUUCACCUUUUGCUAUUAUUCUGAAUGCACUCACUCAUUUUAUAUAUUUGCUAAAAGUUUAAUACUGACUGGAUUUCAACAGUAUCUGGAUGAUCCUCUCUUUGAAAAAGGUGCAUUUUAAAAGGGACAGUGUGAGGAGACCUCUGUACAAAAUGUAUGUCUGAUUAACUUAUAUGUAAAUGUAUGUAAAAUAGUUGUUUCACCGAUGUGCAGUUCAGCUACUGUAUUUGCUUACACUGACGGUUGAAAAUAAUUGAAGUAGGACAAUUUUGUCAGUGCUUCUUCAGAAUUGCCUUUUGGUUUUAUUUUUCGUGAAGGACGGCCAAUAGCAGCGUCCCUGCAAGCACAGACUAGUCCCCACUGCUACUGAGAUGCUGUAAAACCCUCUUUUUGCAACCUGUAGAUCUCAA